UUGGAAAAGAAAACUCUAAAGAAAAGAUAGGAUUGAGUAAAGGCAUUUCAUGGCGCAACGGUCAGUCCGUUUACCGGGUCCGUUGCAAACGCAAUGCUUUCCCUUCUUUCCCUCCACAGUCAAAUUCACUUUUCUCCUUUCCUUCCUUCCCUCCUUCAUCACUAAACCUUUUCAUAUCUCAUCAUUUCCUUCCAAUUUCGCAAGGUACUUUCAAUUCCCAUUCUCAUCCUCUUCCUCCAAUCUCUGUUCCAAUACCAGAAGCUGGCCUUUUUGGAGUUUUAGAUUUGAAGGGUAUAAUUUGCAAGAUAAAACCAAGAUUCUGCUUUUUUUCACGCGCUGCCGAUGGUUUUAAUGUUGUUUUGGCCUCCCCAGCAACCGAAUCUGUGAAAUCUCUGAAUCUUCAAUCCCAAAGGACUAGAUUGAUGUGCUCAUCCUUUAUAUGAAGGAGUUUUUUGAUACUGUUAUCACUACUUAGAUGAUUGGGAACAGAGAACUUUUUGGAGUUGUUCUGAUGAGAGAAUUAUUAUGGCGUUGUGCUUGGAAAAAAGUUGAUUGGAGAAAACUGCUGUUCCUUGGUGUGGUCAUGACAAUAGUUGGAGUUUUGGUUCCCGCAUAUACAUUUCCUCAUACAGUGAAUAUGUGGUUCCUUUCUCCACCUCUAGCUGUUUCAUCGUACGUAUCCUUGAAUGGUAGUAUGCAGUUAAGAGAGGCUCCUACUGAAGCAAGGGUUCAAAAAUUUCCUCCUGUUUCUGCUGCUUCAGUUCUUUCUCCGAAUACCACAGUGCCAUCUAAAAAUAAAAGUGCCAAAGUCUCUCGGACGAGAAACUCUGUAUUAAAAAGGAGAAAGAAGAAGAGCAAGGAAAAUGAUGAGUCAAAGAUUGUUCUUCCUCCUCCUCGUAGUCCCAUACCUCCCCAUAUGCAGAGAUUCAUUUGGUCCUUGUCACCGAAUGAUGCACUUAUAUAUGCCAAAAGGGAGAUUGAGCAUGCCCCAGUGGUUAUUGACGAUCCUUAUCUGAGUGCCCCUAUAUUCCGCAACAUUUCUGUUUUUAAGAGGAGCUACGAGUUGAUGGAAACGAUACUUAAAGUUUUCAUCUACCCAGAUGGAGAUAAGCCCAUCUUUCAUCAACCGCAUCUCUAUGGAAUCUAUGCUUCUGAAGGAUGGUUUAUGAAGUUUAUGGAGGCAAGCAGGGAGUUUGUCUCGAGAGAUCCAGAAAAGGCUCAUCUAUUUUAUCUUCCUUACAGUGCACGCCAGCUGGAGGUAGCGGUUUACGUGCCUAAUUCACAUAACCUGAGACCAUUGUCAAUCUUCAUGCGAGACUAUGCAAACAUGAUUGCUGCAAAGUAUCCAUAUUGGAACCGCACACAUGGAAGGGACCAUUUUCUUGUUGCAUGCCAUGACUGGGGACCUUACACAUUGACUAUGCACGGGGAACUAACCAAAAACACCAUGAAGGCUUUAUGCAAUGCAGAUGUGUCUGAAGGUAUUUUUACUGCUGGCCAGGACGUAUCCCUGCCUGAAACUACCAUAAGGAGUCCCAAGAGACCACUUAGAAAUGUCGGUGGUGGUGUAAGAGUAUCACAGCGUCCAAUCCUUGCCUUCUUCGCUGGAAAUAUGCAUGGAAGGGUCCGACCGACACUCCUGAAGUACUGGCACAACAAAGAUGAUGACAUGAAAAUAUAUGGGCCGCUACCCAUUGGUAUAUCUCGAAAGAUGACUUAUGUUCAACAUAUGAAAUCUAGCAAGUACUGUAUAUGUCCAAUGGGCUAUGAAGUUAACAGCCCUCGGAUCGUUGAGGCCAUUUAUUACGAGUGUGUUCCAGUCAUCAUUGCAGAUAAUUUUGUUCUUCCUUUCAAUGAAGUUUUGGAUUGGAGUGCUUUCUCUGUUGUUGUAGCAGAGAAGGAUAUCCCGAAGCUGAAGGAGAUUCUUUUGGCUAUCCCACUGAGAAGAUAUCUUACAAUGCUAGCUAAUCUGAAGACGGUGCAAAAGCAUUUUCUUUGGAACCCAAGACCACUCAGGUACGAUUUGUUCCACAUGAUUCUGCAUUCCAUUUGGUUUAGCAGGUUGAACCAUGUUCAAAUCCCUCAAUCGUAGCUACUCCUUUUGGUGUGCAAUACUUCGGCAAAGUACAGCCAAGUAUUGAUGAUGAGCCCAAAAGAGUAGACAUUCCACAUGGCCAGUAUCAAUUCUGUAAAACUGCUGUGGUCCCUGGAAAUGGCUUGAUGUCAAUCAUGUACUCUCAACUGAAGAGGCAGAAAUGAAUAUUUUAUGGGAAGAAAGCCAAGGACGUAUGAAAAUUCAUGACACAGGCAUGUACAGUAUGAUUUACAGAUUGCAUUAUCUUUAGCCAUAAAUCAGCUAUA